AAAUUAACAGAUUAUUUUCACUGAUACUCGAUAAGGAAAAUUAAAGAAAGAUGCUUUAUCAGCUUAAACUAUCCUCAUACAAAUUGGAAGUAUUCUUUUUAAUUUAUAGGUAACGGAAGCAUAAAUUGACAACAUGCAGACAAUAAAAUGCGUGGUGGUAGGAGAUGGAGCCGUUGGUAAAACCUGCUUGUUAAUAUCGUAUACAACGAACAAAUUUCCCUCCGAAUAUGUACCAACGGUCUUUGACAAUUAUGCCGUUACCGUUAUGAUCGGUGGGGAGCCUUACACUCUUGGCCUUUUCGAUACCGCUGGUCAAGAGGAUUACGAUAGACUUAGACCACUGAGCUAUCCUCAAACAGAUGUGUUUCUAGUCUGUUUCUCGGUAGUAUCGCCAUCGUCGUUUGAAAAUGUUAAAGAAAAGUGGGUACCAGAAAUAACGCAUCAUUGUCAAAAAACACCAUUUCUGCUGGUUGGCACGCAAAUUGACUUAAGGGAUGAUGCAGCGACUAUAGAAAAGCUGGCAAAAAAUAAACAAAAGCCCAUCACAGGAGAGCAGGGAGAAAAGUUAGCGAAGGAGCUUAAAGCUGUCAAAUAUGUUGAAUGCAGCGCACUAACACAGAAAGGACUUAAAAAUGUCUUUGACGAAGCGAUUUUAGCAGCUCUCGAGCCUCCAGAACCAGUGAGGAGAAGACGAUGUAUUCUUUUGUAGAAGAAUCAUUGCAUAUGCUUGGCAUAUUCUUCAACAAUUGGCCCCAAAAGCACUGCAUUGAUCGCAUAAAUGGAUGAAAAAAAUAAUAUACAACCACUCUUAACGAAAGAGACAAUUAGUGUGUUGCAAAAUACCUGGCAAACGAUGGAAGAGAGUCUCUCACUUAUUUAAUAAAGACGUAAGGCAUUUUUUAAAUAAUAAGAUAUACUAAUGUGAAUCUUUUUAAUAAUAAAUCGAGCCAAAAACAAAGAAAAAAAAAAAUCAAGUACACAUAAAAUGAUCAAGCAUGCGUUUUUCAUGGAGCCCAGUGUGUGCGACGUACUCACAUUUGCGUUGGCUCCGGCGAUUUCUAUAUUUUUUGUAUAAACACUUGUACAAAAUGAAUUAUAUAAUUAUAUUAUUAUAAUUGCGUAUAUAACGAUAUAACGACGGAAUGAACAACAAGUAAGAGCGGUAUAUACGAACUCGUAUAACUUUGAUUAAUGAGACGACACCGAAUUUUCACUUUACCACUAACGAAAUACUGUAUAUCAGCUAAAUGAACGCCCAAGCUGAAAUAACAAGGAUAUUAUGCGAGUAAUAAAAUUUUCAAGACAUUUUUAUAACCGAUCGACUACACGACUAUUUAUUUCAAAUUUUACGAUCACAUCCAUUAUUGAACGGAAUUGUAAUUAACGAAGUUUUA